GUCAGUAGCUACCCCUGCGGGAUCAGUGGCAGAUUUUGAUGAGAUGCUUGCGAGUGCUAAGAGAAAGUAUUACAUGCUUGGAGGAAAAGGUGGCGUUGGGAAGACUAGUUGUGCAGCUUCGCUAGCUGUUAAGUUUGCGAAUAAUGGCCAUCCUACGCUUGUAGUCUCAACUGACCCUGCACAUUCUUUGAGUGAUUCAUUUGCACAGGACUUGACUGGUGGAACGUUGGUACCUGUUAGUGGAGUUGAUUCACCAUUGUUUGCACUUGAGAUAAAUCCUGAUAAAGCUAGGGAGGAAUUCCGUAGUGCUAGUCAAAAAACUGGAGGUACAGGAGUCAAAGACUUUAUGGAUAGUAUGGGUCUUGGUAUACUUGCAGAACAGCUUGGAGAGCUAAAGCUAGGAGAGCUACUUGACACACCUCCCCCGGGAUUAGAUGAAGCUAUUGCAAUUUCAAAGGUCAUGCAAUUUCUUGAAUCACAAGAAUAUGGCAUGUUUAGCCGCAUAGUUUUUGAUACCGCUCCCACGGGCCAUACUCUUCGACUUUUGUCUUUGCCAGAUUUUUUAGAUGCAUCCAUUGGCAAGAUUUUGAAGCUAAAAAAGAAGAUAACUGCGGCUACAUCAGCCAUUAAAUCCGUCUUUGGACAGGAAGAACCACGCCAAGAUGCUUCUGAUAAACUGGAGCAAUUAAGGGAGAGAAUGAUCAAAGUACGAGAGCUUUUUCGUGAUACAGAUUCCACUGAAUUUGUUAUUGUGACUAUUCCAACGGUUAUGGCAAUUAGUGAGUCAUCUAGACUUUCUGCAUCCUUAAAGAAAGAGAGUGUACCAGUGAAGAGACUUAUUGUUAAUCAGGUUCUACCACCAUCUGCAUCAGAUUGUAAGUUUUGUGCAAUGAAAAGGAAGGAUCAAAAGCGUGCUCUUGAGAUGAUUGAGAGUGAUCCAGAGCUUAGGGACUUGAAAUUUAUCCAGGCGCCGCUAGUAGAUGUAGAGAUUAGAGGAGUUCCUGCACUGAGAUUUUUGGGUGAGAUUGUCUGGAAAUGAUCAUGAAACAAAAAUUCAGUAAAAUGAUUUGUUUCAACAGUAAAUUUAGUCAUUUAUGCAAACCAUUCUACACAAAAAUCAAGUUUUUAUCAGUUCUAUGAGCAGAUUAGAGAAGGUUACUGGAUGUUAUAAUUUACAAAUGACAUUUUAUUUAUUUAUUUUUCUUUUGGCA